AUGGCUGCUCCUCCGUGGCUACAUCUCUACAUGAGAAGAAGCUUCACUAGAGCUCCUCUCAGCUCCAACCGAAUCCAAUGCCUCCUCGUUCGCUCUUCUUCAUCGAAUUCCAAUGAAUUCAUUUUCGAUCAAAGCCGCAUAAUCGGCGGGACAGUGAUAUGCGGCGGCAGGAGAGGAGGAGAGGAAGUAGGAUUUCCCUGUGCUAGCUCUUCACCCUUUUCUCUUCUUAUUCGUUCCUCUACUUAUCAUCCUCGCACACACGCCUGCAUAGGUUUUAGAGGUUUAUCUAGUAUUACUUCUGAUGAUGGAUGUGAUGGCGAAAUUGAAUCUGAAUGCGAUAAUGAAGAAGAAGAAGAAGAAGAAGAAGAAGAUGUUGGUGAUGAAAUUGGGGUCAACUGUGUUGGUUCAAGUACUAAUCCCGAAGAAGUAGAGAGAGUGUGCAAAGUGAUUGAUGAAUUGUUUGCGUUAGAUAGAAACAUGGAGGCUGUUCUUGAUGAAAUGAAGGUAGAUUUAUCGCAUGAUCUGAUGGUAGAGGUUUUAGAACGGUUUCGACAUGCUAGGAAGCCUGCAUUUAGGUUCUUCUGCUGGGCUGCAGAGAAACCAGGUUUCGCUCAUGAUUCAACAACAUAUAACUCCAUGAUGAGUAUUUUAGCAAAGACUAGACAGUUCGAGACGAUGGUUUCGGUUCUUGAAGAGAUGGGUGCGAAAGGGCUUUUGACGAUGGAUACAUUCACUAUCGCGAUGAAAGCUUUCGCUGCUGCGAAAGAGAGGAAGAAAGCUGUUGGCAUCUUUGAGUUGAUGAAGAAGUACAAGUUCAAAAUCGGUGUCGAAACGAUCAAUUGCUUGCUUGAUAGUCUUGGGAGGGCCAAGCUUGGAAAAGAAGCUCAGGUUCUGUUUGAUAAGCUGAAAGAGAGGUUUACUCCAAACCUCAUGACUUACACUGUUCUGCUCAAUGGUUGGUGCCGUGUGAAGAACUUGAUGGAAGCAGCUAGAAUAUGGAACCAUAUGAUUGAUCAGGGCUUGAAACCCGAUAUUGUAGCUCACAAUGUUAUGCUUGAAGGUUUGUUGAGGAGCAGAAAAAAAUCAGAUGCGAUCAAACUGUUCCAUGUCAUGAAGUCCAAGGGACCUUGUCCUAAUGUCCGUAGCUAUACCAUCAUGAUCCGUGACUUCUGCAAACAGUCGAGCAUGGAAACUGCCAUUGAGUACUUCGAUGACAUGGUUGAUUCCGGUUUGCAACCCGAUGCUGCGGUUUACACGUGUCUGAUCACCGGUUUUGGGACUCAGAAAAAGCUGGAUACGGUUUACGAACUGCUCAAGGAGAUGCAAGAAAAGGGACAUCCUCCGGAUGGCAAAACCUACAACGCUCUGAUCAAACUGAUGGCGAGUCGGAAAAUGCCAGAACACGCCACGAGGAUCUACAAUAAGAUGAUCCAGAACGGGAUCGAGCCAUCGAUACACACAUUCAACAUGAUAAUGAAAUCUUACUUCAUGGCGAGAAACUACGAGAUGGGGAGAGCGGCUUGGGACGAGAUGGUCAAGAAAGGGAUUUGUCCUGACGAUAACUCCUACACGGUUUUGAUCAGAGGGCUUAUAGGUGAAGGGAAGUCCAGAGAGGCGUGUAGGUACUUAGAGGAGAUGCUUGACAGAGGAAUGAAAACUCCUUUGAUUGAUUAUAACAAGUUUGCUGCUGACUUUCACAGAGCAGGACAACCGGAGAUAUUUGAGGAAUUGUCACAGAGGGCUAAGUUCUCUGGUAAGUUUGUUGCUGCAGAGAUCUUUGCGAGAUGGGCUCAGAUGACUAGAAGGAAAUUCAAACAGAGAUUCAUGGAAGAUUGAUUGAUGACUGGGGGCUCUUAGCUGGGAUCUUUCUUUCAACUCACUGACACGGAGAAAACUUGUGCUCAUUAGUUAAGUUGUUAUACUUGAGCUCAUCUGCAAAUUAUUGGUUUUCGAGUCUGAGCUCUUACUUCAAUCAAGAACAUGACUUCACUAGCACAGCUUGGACUUAUCUUAACCACAAUUGGGCUUGCCUCGAGAUUCAAAUGCCUCAACGAGAACCCAUUGAGAAGCUUCAGGAAGCCAAUACUCGAAUGGAUUCAGAUUCUCAAACAUGUGUUUUGCUCUUGGUAUUGUAAAAUCGUUCUGAGCAACACCUCAGUAGUUGUUAUUUCAUUGUAAGAUGUUACAUUAUUGAUUUAUAACUAUUUCAAAACACAUACUGUAUAUCUUUAUCCAUAUAACAUUUCAAAUAUUUUUCUUCUGAAGAGAGAUCCCUCAAUUGUUGAACGAGGCAUC